UAUACAGCUAUUGAGUGUGGAAACAGUGCGGUCCCACUCUUCCUAGUUCCCCAUCUCUUUCACUUUUCUGUCUUCAGAGGUCCGUAUGGAAAUGAGCUCUCCCAUCCUUCCCUGCCCUCUCUGCUCAGUCGGCUUCACAUCGCAGAUCCGCCUCUUCCGGCACCUCCAGGCAGCCCACCAGACGGAGAACAUGGGGCUGCUGAAGCCCUGCACGGUCAGGCUGGAUCGCCUCCUGUCGGUCAGGAGACCACCCGAGCUGAACCACGCACACGGCGAUUACUCCCCGACGCAUCCUCCUGGAAUGGCUCCUGGGCACCGGCAGCGUGCGUUGGGCGGAAACGGGCUCGCGGAAGGAGAAGGCCUGGAUCACCUCCACCUCCAGGUCCGCGUGGGAAAUAGCGGGCAGUGCUGCGAGCGAUGUGGGAAGAGUUUUCGGACGUUGAAGGAACUUAACAUCCAUCACACAAUCCACACGGGAAAGAGGCCCCACUGUUGCCUGCAGUGUGGGAAGAGCUUCAGUCAAACCGGGCACUUUAACAGGCACCUGCGCACGCACAUGGGAGAGAAGCAGCACUGCUGCACCCUGUGUGGGAAGAGCUUCGCCACCAGGACCACCCUGAAGAUGCAUCAGCUCAUCCACAGCGGGGAGCGACCCUUCUGCUGCGCCCACUGUGGGAAAAGCUUUAACCGCAAGUGCAGGCUGAACGCUCACCAGAACAUCCACACGGGGGUGAAACCCUACGUGUGCAGUUACUGUGGGAAGGGAUACUUCCUGCUCAAAGAUCUCAGCGUGCACGAGCGGAUUCACACGGGAGAGAAGCCCUACUGCUGCACCUACUGUGAGAUGAGCUUCAGUAGAUUGGACACGCUGACGAAGCACAGGCGCAUUCACACUGGGGAGAAACCCUUCCAGUGCAGGGACUGUGGGAAGGCCUUCAGCAGAGGCGAUGUCCUCAAACUACACCGCCGCACUCACACGGGAGAAAAGCCAUACGCCUGCACGCAGUGUGGGAUGCGUUUCACUUUUUUGGGGUCCUUGAAGCUCCACCAGAAAAUUCACAGCUGAUUUUUGUUCUGGGUGGACUCUCUCUGGUGGGAUGACCUCACCCUGAUGUGUGCUUGUCAUUGUCGGCAGAUUAUCUUGCAACUUUUUUUUU